AUGUCUCCCAAACCGUCACCGUCUUCUUUGUCUGGUUCCACCAAAGGUACAAGGUAUCCUCUUUGUAACUUUCUCUCUUACCAUCGUUACUCACCACAACAUCAUUCUUUUGUUGCUACUAUUAGUCAGGAUGUUGAGCCCAGCUCUUAUACAGAAACAGCUUCCCAUUCACACUGGCAGGACACCAUGCAAUCUGAAUUGGCAACUUUAGAGGCCAAUCACACUUGGUCUCUCACUCCCCUCCCUCAUGGCAAGAAACCCAUUGGAUGUCGCUGGGUUUAUAAAAUCAAACGUCACUCAGAUGGCACCAUAGAGCGUUAUAAAGCUCGUUUGGUGGCCAAGGGUUACACACAGUUGGAAGGUAUCGAUUAUCAUGACACUUUUUCUCCCACUGCUAAAAUGAUUAUUGUUCGUUGUUUAUUGGCUCUGGCAGCUGCUCAGGAUUGGUCCCUUCACCAAUUAGAUGUCAACAAUGCUUUCCUUCAUGGUGAUCUCCAUGAAGAAAUUUAUAUGUCUCCACCUCCUGGUCUUCAGCGACAGGGGGAGAACUUGGUGUGUCGCCUCAACAAGUCGUUGUAUGGUUUAAAGCAAGCUUCUCGUCAAUGGUUUGCCAAGUUCUCAACAGCUGUUCAAGCUGCCGGAUUUGUUCAGUCCAAAGCGGACUACUCGUUAUUCACAUGUCGGAAUGGAAAGUCCUUUACCGCUCUGUUGAUAUAUGUUGACGAUAUUCUUAUUACGGGUAAUGAUCUCAAGGCUAUAUCCAUUCUUAAGCAAUUUUUGCAUAGUCGUUUCCGAAUUAAAGAUUUGGGGGAUUUGAAAUAUUUUCUGGGCAUUGAAGUCUCUCGAUCAAAGAGAGGUAUUUCUAUUUCACAGCGGAAAUACACUUUGAAAAUUUUGAAGGAUGGUGGAAUUUUGGGUGCUAAACCUGUGAACUUUCCCAUGGAGCAAAACAUAAAGCUCUCUGAUACAGGUGAAUUGCUUAGAGAUCCAUCUCAAUAUAGGCGACUUGUGGGACGCCUAAUUUAUUUAACUAUUACUCGGCCUUAUAUCAUGUAUUCGGUACAUGUAUUAAGCCGAUUCAUGCAUGCACCACGUAGACCACAUAUGGAAGCUGCCUUGCGUGUGUUGCGUUAUUUGAAAAGUGCUCCAGGACAGGGUUUGUUUUUCUCUUCUCAAAAUGAUUUAUCUCUGCGAGCUUUUUGUGACUCGGAUUGGGCUGGUUGUCCAAUGACUCGUAGAUCCACUACGGGUUAUUGUGUUUUUUUAGGAUCUUCACUUGUUUCUUGGCGAACAAAGAGGCAGAAAACAGUGUCACUCUCUUCAGCAGAAGCCGAAUAUAGAGCCAUGACAGGUACAUGCUGUGAGUUGUCUUGGUUACGUUCAUUAUUGAAGGAUUUACGAAUAUUGCAUCUGAAACCGGCAUUGCUACAUUGUGAUAACAAAGCAGCCUUACAUAUAGCAGCCAAUCCCGUUUUCCAUGAGAGAACCAGGCAUAUAGAAAUGGACUGCCACUUUAUUCGGGACAAAAUACAGGAUGGUUCGGUUGUAACCAAGUUUGUUACUUCGGCAAAUCAGCUUGCGGAUGUAUUCACUAAACCGUUGGGAAAGGAACCCUUUUCUACCAUGAUUCGCAAGUUGGGAGUUCUCGACAUUCACUCUCCAACUUGA